CACUUUUAUUUAGCUGACUUGUUUUUAAGGGGGAGUGAAGGGGGACUUUCGGUGGGAGGUGGUACUUGGGAUAUCUUCAUUUUUUAAUUCGACUAGCAGAGUUUGUUUCCCUGUACCUAUUUGCUCGAAUCCAGAGUUACUAUUAGUUUUCUAAGUUUCAGUGCGCUCCAGGGAACAGGGCAGCCUGGCCUGCUCAUCAUCACUACAGAAUCCCGAAGUAGAAGGGGAAAAAAGUUCACGAUCAGCCAGCAAAGGAGUGUAGUUUGCCUUGGUUACUUAGGGACAGGUGAGUUAGGCUUGCCAGGGUUACAAAAGAUCUUCAGGGAGAGGAUCCAGUCCCUGUGGAUGGAGAAGGAGCGGAGCGGGCAUUCUCGGUCCAUCUCGGCAACUUGCCUGGGACUGAGAAGCCCAGCGGACAUUUUAGUCCCCGCCGCCCAAGGACACUGCUCUGGCAGAGACAGGAGGAGACGCGGCGCAGGGAAGGGCGUCCUGUCCGCCCGAAACUGGGCAUUUCGAGAGGAUCCCUGCCAGAGGUUUUCCCAAGCGCUCGCGUCCAGGACCGCGGUCACGCCGCAGCAGCCGAGAUGCGCUCCGUGGCUACUCCCUGCUCCUCCCACCGCACCGAGGCUCACACCCACGGGCGCCCCGCCCCCUCGGCCUUAUAGAAGGGGCGAGCGGCCUCGGCGAGCCCGGGAGCUAGAGGCUUCCCCGGCCGACGGCGGGACUGCCUGCGUGGCGCGAAAGCCUGGGCACAGCGCCGACGUAGACAAGUCCCGCGGCGGCUGCGCCCGCAUCAUGGAAGGCAGCCCCGCCCCAGCUCUAGCCCGGGUCGCUACCGACCUUCGCCGGCUCCUGCACCCAGUCCACCUGCUCCCGCUGCCGCUCCCCGGGCGCCGUCCUGUCCUCACCUCGAAGCCAACAUGAAGGAAGCCCGGGGCGACGGGAGCGCCCCUUUCUGCGCCCGUCUCAACUACUCCUACCCGGGCAUGUGGGAGCCCGAGCGCUCCGCGGAGUCGCGGGGCAACCUCACGCGUGCCCGGGACACCGGAGAGGAUUGCCGCUCGGUGUCCGUAGUCUUUCCGAUCACCAUGCUGAUCACCGGCUUCGUGGGCAAUGCGCUGGCCAUGCUGCUGGUGUCGCGGAGCUACCGGCGCCGGGAGAGCAAGCGCAAGAAGUCUUUCCUGCUGUGCAUCGGCUGGCUAGCGCUCACCGACAUGGUUGGGCAGCUGCUCACCAGCCCCGUGGUCAUCGUCGUGUACCUGUCCAAGCAGCGCUGGGAGCACCUUGACCCGUCGGGGAGGCUGUGCACUUUCUUUGGCCUGACCAUGACUGUCUUUGGGCUCUCCUCGCUCUUCGUCGCCAGCGCUAUGGCCGUCGAGCGGGCGCUGGCCAUCCGGGCCCCGCACUGGUACGCGAGCCACAUGAAGACGCGCGUCACCCGCUGCGUGCUGCUCGGCGUGUGGCUGGCGGUGCUCGCCUUCGCCCUGUUGCCGGUGCUGGGCGUGGGCCAGUACACCAUCCAGUGGCCCGGGACGUGGUGCUUCAUUAGCACCGGAGGAGGUGGCAACGGGACUAGCUCCCCGCCCAAGUGGGGCAACCUUUUCUUUGCCUCUACCUUUGCCUUCCUAGGGCUCUCGGCGCUGACCAUCACCUUUGCCUGCAACCUGGCCACCAUUAAGGCCCUGGUGUCCCGCUGUCGGGCCAAGACCACGGCGUCUCAGUCGAGCGCCCAGUGGGGCCGGAUCACGACUGAGACCGCCAUCCAGCUUAUGGGGAUCAUGUGCGUGCUGUCGGUCUGCUGGUCGCCAUUGCUGAUAAUGAUGUUGAAAAUGAUCUUCAAUCAAGCAUCAGUUGAGCACUGCAAGACACAACCAGAAAAGCAGAAAGAGUGCAACUUCUUCUUAAUAGCUGUCCGCCUGGCUUCGCUGAACCAGAUCUUGGAUCCCUGGGUCUAUCUGCUGCUAAGAAAGAUUCUUCUUCGGAAGUUUUGCCAGAUCAGGAACCACACAAAGAACUGUGCAUCCAGCUCCAUCUCUUUACCCCACCAGUGCACCUCAACCUUGAUGUGGAGUGACCACUUGGAAAGAUAAUGAAAGAAUGGAAAUGGACUUUUCUUACAAUUCCUGCUGCCCUGAAUUUGUGUAUUUCUUCCCACCUGAGAAGGAGCUGGAGUAUUUUAUAUUUUGAUUUGUAUUAUUUUUUCAUUCUCAUAUUAUUUUACUUUAAUUAUUUUUGUCAGUAAUACUCACUGAGAAUACAUUUAUCAUUAUAACCUAUGUUUGCAAGUGUUAAAUUGACUCUUUUUUGUUAAUUUUUUAUUGUUGUUCAAUUACAGUUACCCCCAUUGCUCUCUCCUGCCCACCCCACCCUCCCACCUGUAGUCCUCCCCCCAAACCCCCCACCAUUGUCUUUGUCCAUGGGUCCUUUAUACAUGUUCCUUGACUUGACCCUUUAAGUUGACUUUUGGAGCUGGGUUUUGAGUAUGUACUUAAGAAGCUGGGCAGAAUUUCACAGAUGGUGAUUAAUCAAAAAGCGAAAAAUAGAAAACCUCAUCUUCUGGGAGUUUGUCCCCAACUUCAAACUUUGAUCUGAAUUUAAACUGAUGUGGACAUCUUUA